AGCGCCGCGUUGUGUGCACCACAUAAAGUAGAAUUGUCACGAACGUCAUGGCCGGUGUGCGCAAAAUGUAAAUAUAGUCUUGAAAAUUGAGGAAAAACACGAUGUCAUCCACUAGAUCCGCAGUACUGCAGGUAUUCAAGAAACUCCAUCGAGCGAGUCACACGGUUUUCCGCAAUGACACCUCCGCUCUGAACGCUGCCAGGAUGAAAAUAAAUGAGGAAUUUAGGAAAAAUAGAGAAUGCAGCGAUUCGAGUAAGAUACAAGAGAUGCUGAAAUUGGCGGAGGAAGUUGAGGUUGAACUCAGGACAGGAGUUGUCCAGGCAAAGAUAGUAGAAUAAUUAGUAAUAGAGAUUAUAAACCAAAGCAAUCGUUAGAAGAAUAGAUGGAAAAGAUGGAAAAUA